GGUGUGGCGUGCGGGGCCGAGCCGUGCCGUGUCGUGCAGUGAGGGGCUGCAGCGAGAUGCCGAGCGCCGCCAGCCGCGGCCAAGGCCAGGAUCGCCGCACGGAGAGCCAAGAGUCGUCGGCGGCCGAUGACUAUGCUAAGGAAAGAUAUGGAGUGUCACCAAUGAUACAAUCCCAAGAGAAACCAGAUAGAGUUUUGACUCGAAUAAAAGACUUGACAGCGGAGAAGGCUGAUGAAGUGGUUUGGGUUCGUGGCAGAAUUCAUACAAGCAGAGCUAAAGGGAAGCAGUGUUUCUUAGUCCUGCGUCAGCAGCAGUUUAAUAUCCAGGCUCUCGUGGCUGUGGGACAGCAUGCAAGCAAGCAGAUGGUAAAGUUUGCUGCCAACAUCAAUAAAGAAAGCAUUGUGGAUGUUGAAGGCAUUGUGAGGAAGGCAUAUCAGAAAAUUGGAGGCUGUACUCAGCAAGAUGUGGAGCUUCAUGUUCAAAAGAUCUACGUGAUCAGUGUAGCUGAACCCCGACUGCCCUUACAGCUGGAUGAUGCUGUUCGGCCAGAAGUGGAAGGAGAGGAGGAUGGAAGAGCUACUGUAAACCAAGACACAAGACUGGACAACAGAGUCAUUGAUCUGAGGACCUCCACUAGUCAGGCAAUCUUCUGCCUUCAGUCUGGUAUUUGUCAGCUUUUCCGAGAAACUCUUACUCGCAAGGGAUUUGUGGAAAUUCAGACUCCCAAAAUAAUUUCAGCUGCCAGUGAAGGAGGAGCCAAUGUAUUUACUGUGUCAUACUUCAAAAGCAGUGCCUACCUGGCUCAGUCCCCACAGCUGUACAAGCAGAUGUGUAUAUGUGCUGACUUUGAAAAGGUUUUCUGCAUUGGGCCAGUAUUUAGAGCUGAGGACUCCAAUACACACAGACACCUGACUGAAUUUGUUGGUCUGGAUAUUGAAAUGGCUUUUAACUAUCACUAUCAUGAAGUGGUAGAUGAGAUUGCAGAUACCUUGGUACAGAUAUUCAAGGGACUUCAGGAAAGAUUCCAAACUGAAAUUCAGACGGUGAAUAAACAGUUCGCAUGUGAGCCAUUUAAGUUUUUGGAGCCAACUCUGCGACUGGAAUACUGUGAAGCUGUGGCCAUGCUUAGACAGGCUGGUGUUGAGAUGGGUGAUGAAGAAGAUCUGAGCACACCUAAUGAAAAGCUCCUGGGACGCCUGGUAAAGGAGAAGUAUGACACGGACUUCUAUAUUCUUGACAAAUAUCCUCUUGCUGUGAGGCCUUUUUAUACAAUGCCAGACCCAGUAAACCCUAAAAACUCUAACUCUUAUGAUAUGUUCAUGAGAGGGGAAGAGAUCUUGUCUGGAGCUCAGAGAAUUCACGAUCCUCAGCUGCUGACAGAAAGAGCUCAGCAUCACGGCAUCGAUUUGGAGAAAAUAAAGGCUUAUAUCGAUUCCUUUCGCUUUGGUGCACCUCCACAUGCAGGUGGUGGGAUAGGGCUGGAAAGAGUAACCAUGCUGUACCUCGGGCUGCAUAACGUUCGGCAGACCUCCAUGUUCCCACGGGAUCCCAAACGACUGACACCCUGAGCUGCUUUGGGAAGUCUGAGAUCAUUUGCAGAUAUGAUACAAUUGCAAGCAUAUCCCCUGCUACUGAUGAACCUGUAUUGAUCUGAGCAUUAUAGUAUGCAAGUAAAAAACACCACAAAAGAUCUCAUGUACUGAAGUGCCACAAUGAUUUUUUUUUUUAUCCUUAGCUUUUUAUUCAAAAGAAACUAUAUUAACAGAUCAAGACUCUUUGUAUUGGCAGCUGUGGAUAUUUUUAAUGAAAAUGUGAUACUUGGAGUUAGUGUUCCAGUGUCACAUUGAAUUGUAUCAUGUUUCUAAACAUUUUAAUAAAUUAUGCAAUAAAAAUUCUGCAUUUUUAACUUCUGUCAGCAAGAUGGAAUAUUCUGAAAUACAGAACUGGCUGAAAGCUAAAAUAACUGGAUGCAUGCAAUUUAAAAACCAGGAGGAAACCAGCCAGUUGUUAAUUUACAUGAGUGUCAGGUAGUGAAGCAGGUGAGAAAAACAACAUUCUUAACAAAUGUCUUCAUAUGAAAUUGUGAAAAUAGACUGCAAUAAAUCUCACAAAGUAAAAC